AGAAGAAUAACCAUGUCUGGAAGAGGCAAAGGAGGAAAAGGACUCGGUAAAGGAGGCGCCAAGCGUCACCGUAAAGUUCUCCGGGAUAACAUCCAGGGAAUCACCAAGCCCGCUAUCCGCCGUCUGGCUCGCCGUGGUGGAGUCAAGCGUAUCUCGGGUCUGAUCUACGAGGAGACCCGCGGUGUGUUGAAGGUGUUCUUGGAGAACGUCAUCCGUGAUGCCGUCACCUACACCGAGCACGCCAAGAGGAAGACGGUGACCGCCAUGGAUGUGGUGUACGCUCUGAAGAGGCAGGGCCGCACUCUGUACGGCUUUGGAGGUUAAAGUCAGCGAUGAUGUAGCAAAACAAAGGUCCUUUUCAGGGCCACACAUCUUCUCUACAGAGCAGCAGCCUGAUGCUCCUCAACAACGUUAUAGAUCUGAUUGGACGUUUUUAAAAAAUUGCCAAAAUACAUUUGGUGUUUAGUAACGAUGUAUAUGAAGUAUAACUCCGCUACUCAAGCAAGUAUCGUGUGUGACGGCUAUGUCAGUUACAGUAGCUUCAACUUUGUUUAUAGUCUGUCUCCUUUUUAUUUAUUUAUUUAUUUAUUUUUUUUUUAAAUAAUAGUCUCUUCUGCACACAUUUAUUCCUGUUGUGUUUGCUGCUAGAGAAAAGGUCAAGGACAGAACUGAGGAGGGUGCAAAUGAAAGAUUAGUGAGUGCAAGGCCAACUAUUGGAAGAAAGUGGAUGACUAACAAGUAAACGAGACCUGGAGAGGAGUCCAGACCUAAUCAGGUCAAUGGGAAAAACAGGGAACCUGAACCUGGUGAUGGAGCCUGGAUCAAUAAGUUCAAUUUGAAUUUCAACACAUGAUACUGGUCUCUCCCCAUCCAGUCUGACUUUCCUCACUGUGGGAUCAAAAAAUGUUUAUCUGAUAAUAACCAACAUGCUCCAAAAUAUUACUUUGGUUUUCAUUAAAUCUGCUUCUCUGUUCUUAUUAAGCUUAGAUUGAUCAGUUAUAAAUACAUGAAUAAUUUUGAUUGAUUACAGGAUGUU